UUUGCUCUCGGACCCCCGUCAAUUCUCACACUCUCUGUCCAUUCGCACGUGGCUGUCCGAAUCGCGGGAUGAAAGGGCGCGCGCCCCGCCGCUCUCUUCGCUGCGCAAUAAAUGCUGUCCAGCCACACACGCGCACACGCACACACACACACACACACACACACACUCACUCACCGAGUCUGCGACGGCGCCCGGGACCUCGAACCCAGCUCCACACACCUUGCUUGGCAGGCAGGGGACGGAUCUUCACUCGCUGUGGGGUUUUUUUUUUGUGAACAAAAAAAAACAAAGUAACCUGUAACGGGAGAGCAGGAUGGAGACACUUGGAUCCCGAACCCGAACCCUCCUGGUGCUGCUCUUCCUGGGAACCUGCGGUCGGACCGUCGUUCUGGCGGAAGGCUGGCUCUUCCUGGUCGAGACCCACAAUGCACCUGUGCUGGAGGACAGACAGGCGGCCCAGGAGGUCUGCGAAAGGCACGGAGCCCGACUCGCCUCGGCAGAGGAGCUGAAGGAAGCCGUGGGGAGGUGCUCCUUCCCCUCCUGCACGCGUGGCUGGCUGGCCGGUCCCGCUGUCGGGACCAUCAUCUGCGACCACACGGUUCGCGGUCAGCAGGGCAAGAAGGCGGCGCAUGUGAAGGUGGAGAACGUGACUGUGGUCACCCGCCAAAUGGACAUCUUCUGCUUCAAGGACCAAGGUGUCGCUGUGUGCGGGGACCCCCCCUCCUUCCCGCACGUCUUGCUGCAGACGCAGACGGGCUCCGAGAUGGGCGACGAGCUCACGUACACCUGUGCGCCCGGCUACACCGUCCCCAGCGGCCAGAGCACCUUCAGCCUGCUGUGCAACAGCUGCGGCGAGUGGUACGGCCAGGUGCAGCUCUGCGUCAAAGGUGAGACAGAGGUGCAGGUGGACUACGAAGACAAGUUUCCUGGCGAGGGACGCGUCUCUUACGAGGACUCGGACGGCCGGGAGGAGACGAGCCCGAGUGAGACCGAGGACUACGAGCCGGAACAGGGACUGGGGGAAAGGCGGGGCGGCCGGCCGGGUACUCGGACACCACGGCCGGAGGAGCAGCAGCGUGUAGAAGCGGAGGACGUGGACGGGGAGCGGGACACCCAGCCGCCCUCCGUGUCCACCGAGUCCUCGGUGUCUCUGCUGAGCCAGAAACAUCUCUUCUGGUUUCCCUCGGAGACCUUCCAUGAGCCUGAGCGGCCAGGGGUCACCAGGGUGACCGGGGUCGUCGGGGUCACGGUGGCUCCGGCUUGGGAGGAGGACAAUCGCAUCGGAGUGAGGUCAUCGGGCAGCAUGGAGGACAUCAAGGAGGACAUCAAGGCCUUGGACGUUGCUAAGACGGGACCCCAGAACCACGGCCACGAGGGGCUCCGUGAACACGGCGCCGGCACCGACGAGUCCUGGCUGGACGGCUACCCCGUCACCGAGGAGGCCAGAGAGAAGGAGGAGGAGGAAGAGGACGAUGAGGGGAGGCCGGGCGCCGGGUCGACCGCAGAGGAGAAGGACGGAGGGCUGGAGGACGACAGGAGGACGGACGGGCCCAACCAUGUGGAGACCGGCCAACCACAGCGCUCCAGCUCCGCCCCCUCCGCUGGCUUCACGCGGGUCACGGUGUCCCCAACUCGACCCGUCCGCUACGGAAUAAAAUACGUCCCCGCAGGGCCAGCACCCGCGUCCACAGCUCACGGGGGGGACGUGGACCUGCAGCCCAGCGCUCGGCACCCCCUGCCGAUACACCUCAGCACGACUGCCGCGCCCCCCACGGUCCCCUGGCCAACCACAGACACCCUGUACCCCCUCCUCGACCACAUGCCAAGUCCCACCAAGUGGGAAGAGGUAACGCUGCCGUACCAAGAGGCCCCCCCGGGGGGCGCCACCACCGACUCCUCCCACAGGUUUCCUGGGACGCGCCUGUAUGAGGAGCCCAUGAAACGGAACCUGACUCAGCGGGGCCCUGAGCCCGAAGCUCCACCCACCCAGGAGCCGUGCGUCGGCGAAGGCUGCUCGCUCACGGGCCGGGGGCCGGUUGCGGUCAUCGUGGGCGUGGCCUUGUGCGUCCUGCUGGUGGCUGCAGCCUUGACCGUGUGGUGUUGCAAGAAGAGGCAGCAAAAGAGCUCGGUCUACAAGAUGAACGGUCAGGGCCAGAGCGGCACCGGGUCACAGCACAUAGAGAUGCAGCAGAAGGUGUAGGGUCUCGACCCCGGACCGCGAGGAGCUGACGACGCUGACCCCGCAGUGACA